AUGUCAGUUGAUGAUCCUGAACAGCAUGCUUUGGUGUGGUCACGUCAUCAUUCAGACAAAAAUUCGAACCGGCCUUACGAGUUCUUAAUCUCUGUAAUUCAGUAUUUAACUGGAGAAGCGGACACACUUUGUCUAUUGCCCUCAUCAAUGCGUGUUCUCUGCGCAGUGCUCUGCGCUCUACUCAUCUGCUCUUUAACUGCAGCCAUUUUCAAUAGCCUCCAGGGAAACGCUCAAGGUUCAGCGAGCUUCUGUAAACGGCAGGAGGAACCGUUCCGACCAGAAGUGCUAUGCCCUCGUGAAACGAUGUUUUUCUAUUACACUUGUUGUGCAUCACCGACGAAUAACGAGAGGGUGGUGUGUUGCAUCCAGGUUCGCAUCUGGUUAUUGUGA